AUGCUGAUCUUUAUUUUGUUAGAAGUUAAUUCAAAUUCAAUCUACUAACUCCUUAGUAGCAAUACUUUAUUAAAACAAAUGACUUCAUAUCUUUUUAUGGAAGAGCUGCUUAUAAAGCCACGCAAGUUGAAGGUUUAAUAUAAAUUAUAAAUAUUUAUAAUUCAGAUAAUACUUCAAUUUAAACAAUGUUGCCAUCUACACUUUUCAACUAUACAGAAUCCAAUUAUGAGACCUGUAAAGGUACUAAUUUUACUGAACCAUAUGAUCCUAGAUGCAGAGAUUGGUUUAUAUAUGCUUAAAAUCACUAAGGUAUUUUUAUUUAUGAGCCAUACACUGAUGCAGUAACAGGAAAUCUUUUAAUGA